CCGCUUGACAAUCAUCAAUUAUGAUUUAGUCUUCAACCCGAUCGGCCAUACAGCGAUGUGACGGCGAUUAGGAAGCCCAGCUGUCUUUUGGAUAUCUUGUAGAUAUCAAUGGAGCAGUCACCUCGACUUCGUCGGCACCGUUCAUCUUUAGAAGGGGUCAUCAUUCCUGUGUCAAGGACUUGGGACCCCAAAGUGCGCGACCUCGCGAUCCAGAUUUCCGAUGAGAUCAUCGCGACCCUCGAGCCUUCUCAGAGCACCAACAACGGCUAUAAACCCGUCACCCUCAUCCGUCUCAUGAGGAACGCGGUCUCUGAAAAGGAUGAUUUCUUGAGACUCCUUUUUUCUUUCAUCCAGCAAGACCUCCUUGGCGAAAGUAGAGGAGGAGGCACUGGCCUGGACGACCAAAUUCUCCCAUACCUUGCCAGCUUUCCCGACUGGCCGGCUGAUGAGAUCGAUACUUUGAGUGCGAGUCUCGCUGGGUUCUCCCAAUACCUGGUGGAAAAUUUCUUCCUGCCAUUAAAAGCGCUGGCAGUCAAAACGCCCCAGUCUACACCGGAUCUGUCGCAUUCCAGAACACCCUCUACGGCCAUUGGCACCCCGCAACGCGUCUCGAACUUGCGACGGGCCUGCCUUGUUCGUGAUCGCCACCGAUGUGUGAUCACUCGGAAAUUCGAUGCUCAGGAAGCCCAGACUCGAUAUAAGCGAGAUGGACGCAAUGUGAAAGAUGACGACGGGAAGUCGUUGCUUCCGGAACGUGAUACGAUGGCAUAUCUGGAAGUAGCGCACAUAAUACCGCACUCUUUGAUGUCGCUCACCAGUGAAGAUGGUGAAUGGAGACUUAUUCAAAGCAAAUAGCCCAUAGGAUCUUGAAGAUGUUCAACCCCGGCGCUAUCCGUUU